AUGCCAGUUAUAAACAGAAAGCUCACUCCCUUCCUGGCCUCUGUUUCAACCAGUCCAUCAAACAGGCAGAUAAUCCAGCUCCACGACUAUCUCUCCUGCGAGAAGCAACAGAACGAAACAACAGACCGCCCUGUGAGGGAGCUGCAGCAGGAGAACUACGGGAGUCUGAGGAAGCUGCAGGGGACAGCAGAGCAGUUUGAGUGGCUCUGUCAGCAGCAGCGCUACUGGAUGUGUUGUGUCAAGAGAUUCAAAGACGGCCUGAUGGAGGAGAGAGACGCUCUGCUGGGACAGGUCAUCACGUUGAAAAAGAAGGCCGAGAAGCUGAAGAAGAGUUUACAUGAAGACGGCCCCACACAGAGCGUCCUCUGUCCCCUGCAGGACACUAAACACCGUGACAGCAGUAGAACAUCGUGGGAUGCAGAUGAGGUGGCUGACCUGGAGUCUCAGGUGGAGAAGUCAAACAUGCUGUAUGCGGAGCUCUUCAACCAGCUCUUGUCAGAAAGGUGUGGCGGCCCCCAGGUUUCUUGCGGCGCCUUCGACCACGAGGGACACCGGUGGCAGCGCGGCAGCCUGCCCUCUGACUGCCAAGCGCUAAAACGAGUCCGACCUCAAUGA